UCCGCGACUUGUGGAUGAAACGUGGGGAGAGACAAGAGCAAACAACCCGGAGGACUCUCCACGUGAGUCCGUAUUAGCAUGGCGUUAGUUCAGGAGCCGGAGGUCCAGCUCGCCCAGAGACUGGCCUCCAACGAGAAGCCGAUCCGGACCAAAGCUGUGAAGAAACUGAGGAAAUAUAUAAGUGUCAGGUCACAGAAGGCGACAGGUGGAUUUACAAGCGAUGAGCUGCUCAAACUAUGGAAGGGUCUGUUCUACUGCCUGUGGAUGCAGGACAAACCACUGCUGCAGGAGGAGCUUUCAAACCAGAUCUCCAGCCUGCUCCACAGCUUCCACAAUACUGAUGGACAGCUGUUAUAUCUGGAGACCUUCCUGCAGACCUUCAAAAGAGAGUGGACAGGUAUUGACCGGCUGCGCAUGGACAAGUUUUACCAGCUGGUUCGCUUCAUGUUCAGGCAAACCUUCGAGAUUCUGAAGAAGAGCGAUUGGGACAGCAGUUUGAUCAGCAGGUUUCUGGAGCUCCUGACAGCUCAGCUUCUGCACAGCAGCAGCGCAGCACCCAUGGGUCUGCAGUUUCACGUCCUGGACCUUUACAUGACUGAACUGGCAGUUGUGGGUUCAGCUGAGCUGACAGCAGCUCAGAACCUGACAUUCAUUGAGCCGUUCUGCAAAACAGCUGCCAGAACCAAAGACCAAAUUCUUUUCAGAGCUCUCUGCAACAGUAUCUUCAGCACCAUCAUCGAUCAGGCUCCGUUUGCCAUAGAGGAUCUGAUGAAGGAGAUAAAAGGAGCCCAGGCAUCAGACAGCGACUCUGGCCAGGCUUCUGAAGGCGAUGAAGACGAGCAGCCUCGGCAGAAAACUCAGAGCAAAGCGAACAAAAAGACAGACUCGGGGAGGCUCGUUAACGGCAAAAAAUCCCACAUAGAAGAUGAGGAAGAUGAGGACGAGGAUGAUGACGAUGAAGACGAUGAGCUUCAUCAUUUGGAUGACACAGACGCAGAAAUGCAAUGUAAUGAAGAUGUGGGACCAGUCCUACAGUUUGACUAUGGAGCGUUGGCUGACAAACUGUUGGCGUUAUCAAGUCGCAGCAACACACCAAGCCACAACAGAAAGAGGCUCUACAAAAUCAUCAAAGUGCUACGUGACCUCAGUGAAGGGAUCUUUCCUCAAGACGACUAUCCAGAGGAGGUUUCCACAGACGAGGACGACGACAUGUUCGGCAGCAGGAAGAGGGUUAAGAGGAGAUUUGAUGAAAUGGAGGGCGAUGAUGAGGAAGAGGGAGGCCCAAAAUCCAAGAAAAGUAAAGGAAAGAAAAAAGACCCGUCCUCAACCAAGAAAAAUACCAAGUCAGAAAAAGAUGGCAGUGAACCAGCGGAUGUUACCGCCAGUGAUGAAAACAAGAAGAAGAAAAAGAAAAGGAAGAAAAAGAAGAAAGCCAAACAGGGCGGAGGAGAAGACAUGAAAGAGACAGAAGGCAAACAGAUCAUCUCGUCCAUAAAAGUCACAGAAGCCAGUACAGAAAAUGUGCUGGUGUCUGAGGUCAGCAAACUGCCAUCGGUCACAGUCACAGAGGAAGCCAGCCAAUCACAGCCCAGCACGGUCGAGGCGGUUGAAGCAGGGGAGCAGCAGACACCUGGUACCCAGGAAAACGGCACUCCUGAGGGGACAACACAGACAGAGACGCCCCCUGAAGAAGAUCUGUCACAGUCGGGGAAGAGGAAGAAAAAGAAGAAGGACUCAGGGUGUCAGGGAGCAGGAGAGGAAAUCAGUGAGACACAGACGCCCAUCUCAUCUAUAAAAGUCACAGAUGGUCAAACAGAAACUCUGCUGCUCUCCGAGGUCAACAAACCACCUUCAGUGUCGGUCACACCGGAAACUAGCCAAUCACAGCCCAGUGUAGUUGAGGUAAUCGAACCAGCAGAGCAGCAGACUCCUGUUACCCAGGAAGACGGCACUUCAGAGGGGACAACACCAGCAGAAGAAGACGCUACACAGCCAGGGAAAAAGAAAAGGAAGAAGAAGAAGAAGAAAUCAGAGCAGGGAGAAGGAGAGGAAAUUAAAGAGACGCAAACCUCCAUUUCAUCUGUGGGUGUCACAAGCACAGAAGGAACCAGCCAAUCGCAGCCUAGUCCAGUAGAGGCGGAUGAUGCAGGGGAGCAGCAGACUCCUGUUACCCCAGAAGAAGCCACCGCAGAUGGGACAGCACAACAAGACACGCCCCCUGAAGAAGGUGCUACACAGUCAGGGAAGAAAAAGAAGAAGAAGAAAGCGGAGGUAGAAUCGCAGGGUGAGGUGUCUGAAGACGUCGCUGUCCCACCGGAGAAGAGCUUCGAAGCUACAACCCCAGGGAAGAAGAAGAAGAAGAAGGACCUGAAGAAGAAAAGCGAAAAGACGGAGGCAGCAGCAGUAGCAGGAGAUGAUGCGACCACAGCUGAGGCUACAGAGACCAGCACCACGACGCCUGCCAAAAAGAGGAGCAAGAAAACAAACCUGAAAGCUGAAGCAGAUGAAAAGGCACCACAAGAAACUCCAGUUGUUAAAAAGGAAAACCAGGCCGCAGAAAAAAAGACUAAAGGAUAUCAGAUGCCAGAGGAGGAUGUAGAUAAAAGCACAACAACCCCAGCGAAGAAAAAGAAGCCCAAAAAUAAAUUAAAGAGUACAGAGGAGGAGGAUGGAGCACUACCACAGCAGGUAGUGGAAGCAGACAGCAACCAGACACCAGCAAAAAAGAAAAAGAACCAGACAGAUGAGCUAAGAGGACAGCAGCAGGAGAGUCCUGAGGUUAAGAAAAAAAAGAGGAAGAUCCCUGUGGUGUUUGAGUUUGAAGCUGAUGAGAUUGAGGCUGCGAAGGCCUCGAACGGGGUUGCACAAGAAGCAACAGCAGCCAAGAAAGCAAAAGUGGGUGCGGAUGCUGAAACCCCAGACAUUCCUCUGAGCACCAAGAAGUCCCCAAAGAAGGUGAAGAAUCGUAUGGGGACGCCGCAAAGCUUCAUCACCUUCCAGGACAAAACCACGGUCCCGACGCCACUCUUCUGCAAGACUAAGGGCAGCCCAAGCACACCGCUGUCCAGUAAAAAGAAGUGUCUGACUCCCAAAUCUGGCUCCAAGAAAGUGACCUUCGGCCUCAAGAAUAAUAAAACAGCUGAGUUUAAGAAAACCGAUCGCAGCCUGCUGUUGAGUCCAGACGGUUCAUCACGAGUACCCUUUGACCCGGAACAAAAGCCCAAGUGUGGGGUGUUGAAGUCUCCACCUACACCAGCCGUCAGAAAGACUCCGACCACCAAGAAGAAGAGCUGUAGUACUCCAAAGAGUACGCCCAAACGGCGGCCGUCUGCUGCAGACUUCUUCUAACAGACUGAUACAGACCCUAGACCGUCUGAACUCUGACUCAUUUACAACAGUGACAGAUUAAAAAAAUAUUUUUUAUGUUCAUCUGUUAUCAGCGUUACGUUUUUGCAUUUUUGAGUGGGUUUUAAUAAAGUGACUCAUUCUGGUUUUUCCAAUUUUCUCUGGGUUUGCGUUCCCAUAAACAUAGUUUACUAUGCCAUCUGUGUAUAGUAGAGCAUGACUGGGUUUUACUGUAACAGUAUUUUUAUAGUGCAGUAUUUGUACUUGUACUUUUACACAUUUCUCUUGUGCAGUAUUGGCACUUUUACUGCUACAGAGUAUAUUUGUAGUGUAGUAUUCCUACUCGUACUGUAACCCUGCUGAUCAUUGAUGCUUGUAUUAAACGAAAGCAUUUCAUAAGUGAGUUCAGUUCAGACGUCCAGUGCAUUUGCCAAACAGAUCCUGCUUGUAUUCUGCAUUUUUAGGCGGCAAUGGAGAAAUGAUGAGGCAGUAAUCCACUCACCAAAGGCACUGCAGACUCCAUUUAUAUUAUGUUCUUGCCACCGAGACAUUUCUUA